AUGGGUGAGGACGCUGAGAGCCCCAAAAUCAACCACAGCUUCCUACGAGACUAUGUCACCGAAGCUGAUGUCAUCUCUACAGUGGAGUUCAACCAGAAUGGGGACCUGCUGGCCACGGGGGACAAGGGGGGCCGAGUGGUUAUCUUCCAGAGACAGACUGAGUCUAAAGGCGAGUUGGAGGAGGCAGGGGACUCAGGAGAGUAUAACGUCUACAGCACGUUCCAGAGCCAUGAACCCGACUUUGACUACCUGAAGAGCCUGGAAAUAGAAGAGAAAAUUAACAAGAUCCGAUGGCUGCCACAGCAGAAUGCUGCUCACUUCCUGCUGUCCACCAAUGACAAGACCAUUAAACUGUGGAAGGUGAGUGAGAGAGACAAGAGACCAGAGGGAUACAACCUGAAAGAUGAGGAGGGACGGAUCAAGGACAUCUCUACCAUCACCUCAUUACAGGUUCCAGUCCUGAAAUCUACAGAUCUGAUGGUAGAGGUCCGUCCCCGGCGAGUGUUUGCUAAUGGACACACCUAUCAUGUCAACUCUAUCUCAGUCAACAGUGAUGGAGAGACCUACAUGUCAGCUGAUGACCUCCGUAUCAACAUGUGGCACCUGGGCAUCACUGACCGCAGCUUUAACAUUGUGGACAUCAAGCCAGCCAACAUGGAGGACCUGACAGAGGUGAUCACAGCGGCAGAGUUCCACCCUCAGCACUGCCACCUCUUUGUGUACAGCAGCAGCAAGGGCACGCUGCGCCUCUGUGACAUGAGAGCCUCCGCCCUCUGUGACAGACACACCAAAUUGUUUGAGGAGCCAGAGGACCCAGGAAGUCGGUCGUUUUUCUCGGAAAUCAUAUCCUCUGUGUCGGAUGUUAAGUUCAGCCACAGCGGACGCUACCUGCUGACCAGGGACUAUCUCACAGCCAAGGUGUGGGACCUAAACAUGGAUAAGGGCCCUGUGGAGACAUACCAGGUGCAUGAGUACCUCCGCAGUAAGCUGUGCUCGCUCUAUGAGAACGACUGCAUCUUCGACAAGUUUGAGUGUGUCUGGAACAGCACAGAUAGUGUGAUCAUGACGGGAGCGUACAACAGCUUCUUCCGGAUGUUUGACAGGGAGACAGGGCGGGGAGUGACCCUGGAAGCGUGGCGGGAGAGCAGCAAGCCUCGGGCUGUGCUCCGGACACGACGCGUCUACACCGGCGGCAAACGUCGUCGCGGAGAUGUGGGGGUAGAUAGUCUGGACUUCACCAAGAAGAUCCUGCACAUGGCCUGGCACCCAAACGAGAACAUCAUUGCCAUUGCAGCCACUAACAACCUGUACAUCUUCCAGGACCGCGUCAGCCCAGACACACAGACGCAGUGA